CUCGCGGGGGGAGCGGCACGGCCGCCGCGCCUUCCGCUUCCGGUCCGUGCCCUUGUGCGUCCGUGCCCGGGCGGGAUGUUGGCGGCGGCGCGGGGGCUGGUGCGGGCUGCGUUGCGAGCUGGCGCAGGCUCCGCGGCGGCGGCGCAGGCCCGCGCGGCGGGGGGCUCCGCGGCCGAGACGCGCCCUACUGUAAGACCAAAAAACGAAGUAGAACAGAAGCAGCUAUGUGUUUUUGGGGAGUACGUGGCUGAGAUUCUGCCCAAGUAUAUCCAGCAAGUACAGGUGACCUGUUUCAAUGAGUUGGAGCUUUUGAUUCAUCCAGAUGGAAUCAUUCCAGUUCUGACCUUCCUUCGAGAUCACACCAACGCUCAGUUCAAAUCACUGGCUGACUUGACUGCUGUUGAUGUCCCAUCUCGGCAGUAUCGCUUUGAGAUUGUUUACAAUCUCCUGUCUUUGCGGUUCAACAGUCGGAUCCGUGUGAAGACAUAUACUGAUGAGCUGACACCUAUUGAUUCGGCAGUGUCUGUGCACAAGGCAGCAAACUGGUAUGAAAGAGAGGUUUGGGACAUGUAUGGUGUUUUCUUUGCCAACCAUCCUGACCUAAGGCGAAUUCUCACAGACUAUGGGUUUGAGGGCCACCCUUUCCGGAAGGACUUUCCACUCUCUGGUUAUGUGGAGGUGCGGUAUGAUGAUGAGGUGAAACGGGUGGUAGCAGAACCUGUGGAGCUGUCUCAGGAAUUUCGGAAGUUUGAUCUGAACAGUCCUUGGGAGACAUUCCCUGCCUAUCGUGCAGCUCCAGAAACCCUGAAAAUAGAAGCAGUAGCCAAGAAAGAAGAUGCAAAAUAGUAGCAGAAGGGAGAGGAUGUGUGGUACUAUCCUUUCUGUUCCACCGUAGUAUUUAUAAUAAUAAAAGUUGAUAUGACA